AGCCUCGGAAUUUGAUUCGUCCUUCUUUAAAGCUUCGGCUUUUAAGACAAUUAAAUCUUGCUAGCUGCUUCGCUUUCACGGCUUUCUAAUUGCUGUUCCUUUCGUGGGUCGCUGGAUUUGUAGCUGCAUUCUCAUUGGGCACUACACGCCCUUCAAAUUUCCACGAGGUAAGCAGGGAAUGGACCGGCUGUUUUGGCCAAUCGUCCGUGUUUACAAAUGAUGAGCAGUGGGCAUAAGGGUCCAAAUGUACGUAACUUUUUUAAAUGGCAACGUGGUGAAUCAUCAUCGUCUUUGACUACUGGAUUGCUUCAUAAUGAGUCACAUGAGAUUGAGCUAUCUAACUACGGAGGAAUACCAAGUCCUGGUAGUGAGAGCCCAUCGGGACUUCUUAAUGGAGAGAGUUUAAAUGUUCAACCAAUUGCUGAUUUGGAUCUUUUUGUCGAAAGGCUCUACAGCUACUAUAGAGACAAAGGCCUUUGGUGUAUUAUCGUAAAGUGGGCUGUUGAGCUUCUAAGUCUGGGCUUCAUCAUAUGCUUCUCUGGGUUUUUCUUGCUGUAUGUUGAUUGGAAUGGUCUUCAGAAUGCAAAAUGUGGAAUGGAUGCAGUUGAAUCAGGAACUAAGCCAUGUGAUCUUGUAAAAGAAGCUAUCCAUCCGCAUCCUUUGUCCCCUUUCACGCUCACAACUGCUAUAAUUGUUGGAUAUUUGGCCCUCUUCUCUGUGUACUGGCUCUUCUGCUUCUUAAGGUUCUUUGCCCAAUUGAAAGAUACUUUGGACUUUCGGCACUUCUAUUACAACAAUCUCCAUGUCACAGACAAUGAAAUCCUUACUAUGCCAUGGGCAACAGUCCUUGAGAAGGUUGUUCAGUUACAAAGCUCACAAUGCCUUUGUGUGGUUAAGGAUCUUUCUGCUCAUGAUAUGGUUAUGCGCCUUAUGCGGAAAGAAAACUACUUGAUUGGAAUGCUCAACAAAGGUUUGCUUUCUUUCCCAAUCUCCCAUUGGAUCCCUGGUGCUGGUCCAGCAGUCAAAUCUGCACCAGAUGGGACACAGUAUCACCUUGUAUUGACAAAGACCCUUGAGUGGACCCUUAACUGGUGCAUAUUGCAGAGCAUGUUUGACUGCAAUUUUCGUGUUAGAAGGGACUUUGUUUCAAAUCCUACAACAUUGAAGAAACGACUAUUUGUGGUUGGGCUUGCUAUGCUUCUGCUGUCACCAUUUCUUGUCAUCUUUAUGUUGGUGUAUUUAUUCCUAAGGCAUGCUGAACAGUUCUACAAUCAUCCAAGUACUGCAUCUUCUCGAAGAUGGUCCAAUUUGUCAAAGUGGCUCUUCAGGGAAUUCAAUGAGGUUGACCAUUUAUUCAAGCAUCGGAUUAAUAGCAGUGUAGUACAUGCAUCCGAAUAUCUAAAGCAAUUCCCCUCGCCUAUCAUCUCCAUUAUUGCAAAGUUUGUCUCGUUUGUUUCUGGCGGCUUUGCUGCUGUCUUAAUCAUCAUUGCUUUUCUCGAAGAAUCUCUUCUAGAGGGCCAUAUAUUCGGCCGCAAUCUGUUCUGGUAUGCUGCUGUUUUUGGAACAAUUACAGCUAUUAGCAGGGCUGCCAUUUCAGAUGAACUUUUGGUCCUCGACCCCGUAGGAACUAUGUCUUUGGUGGUCCAACACACUCACUAUAUGCCUAAGAGAUGGCGUGGUAAGGAAAACAAGGAUGAUGUCCGCUUCGAGUUAGAGACUCUGUUUCAGUAUACUGGAAUGAUGCUAUUGGAGGAGAUAGCUUCGAUCUUCAUCACACCAUUUUUGCUGAUGUUUGUCGUGCCAAAGCGGGUGGAUGACAUCUUGCAAUUCAUCAAGGAUUUCACAGUUGAUAUUGAAGGUGUAGGCCAUGUUUGCAGCUUUAGUGCUUUCUACUUUGAGAACCAUGGAAAUAUCAAAUAUGGUUCACCACAUAAUGCAACUCGUCGUGAGCAGAGAAGCUCACAAGGCAAAAUGGAGAAAUCAUUCUUGAGUUUCCAGAGUAGUUAUCCUUCUUGGGAGUCAGAUUCUCUUGGGAAGCAAUUUCUGUCAAAUCUCCGAACUUUCCGGGACCGAAAGCUUCAUGAAAUCAACACAAGACACUCAUGUUCUCCUAGUAGGGCGUGGCGAGAAAGCACUACCACCGCUUUAUACAGAGACAUUCCAAGAAACCCGAUUGCGAGCGGCAAUCACACUGAUUCCAUGUGGCUGAUUGAUCCAGAUCAGAGGAAUCAUCCUUAUCUUCUUGACUGGUAUUACACUUCUCAGGCUCACAACAGAACUGAUCACUCAAUAGAGAGAGCAAACGAAAACUUAACCGCAAAUCAGAACGCUACAGAUUGUUGGCCUCCUGAUUUGGGAAUCCGUGGUGAAGAUAGCAGAGAUCUCAACAUGGAGGCAAGCACAUCAGGUCAGUUCUUCAGAGAGAGCAUUCUGCGCCAUGACCAACCCGAGGGAGAGGAAAGUUAUGGGAAUCAGCAUCCUCUUGAUGGUAGGAGCCAGUGGUGGGGAAGAGGCAACCACUCCCACAUUGGCACAUCUCAUCCUACAACCACCAAUAGCUUCAUCGAGCCACCUGAUUUUAUAAACCGAUACACAGCAGGAAACUUAUUAGACAACUCAUGGAGCAGAAGAAGCAUUGACGAAGAAGAAGAAGAACUAGAUUGGGAAGAGGACGCAAGAAGAAAGCUGUCGAGAACUACAUUCAUGGACGAUAACGAUAUUGAAGCUGGGAUUGAUCUCCAUUUCGACGAUGUAUAUAGUUCAAGACCUCAAGAAACUUCAACAUCAAGCACCACAUUACGACGAUACGAAACAGGAGAGCUCGAUGUAGAGAGAUUGCCCGCUGGAGUUGAACUAGCUUCUUCAGGAGACGUUGUUCUUGAGACGUCGUCGUCAUCGAAUCACCAUAAUCGGUCUUCUUCUCCGGACCUGAUUAGGAUUCAUACUCUUCCGAUGAAUAAUAGGACAGGGAGAGGUCUGAUCCAGAGAGCGCGUUGCGAGCUUUCUCCGUCCAGUGACUCAUCAGCUCUGAACCAGCUAAAGAAUUCUCCUACAAAUGACAGAUACACAAGGGAGAGAAGCAGCAUUGUGGUGAUUGCGCUUAGCUAUCACACAGCUACUCUAGAGAUGCGUGAGAAGCUUGCCAUUCCAGAAGCUGAAUGGCCACGAGCUAUUACUCAGUUGUGCGCUUUGAAUCACAUUGAAGAGGCUGCUGUUCUCAGUACCUGCAACCGUAUCGAGAUUUAUGUUUCCGCUCUUUCUCGCCACCGUGGUGUCAAAGAAGUCACUGACUGGAUGUCUAAGAGAAGUGGAAUUCCAGUUUCGGACAUCUGUCAGCACCGGUUUCUGUUGUACAACAAAGACGCCACACAACAUCUAUUUCAAGUCUCAGCUGGUCUGGACUCUCUUGUCCUAGGAGAAAAUCAGAUACAAUCACAGGUUAAACAAGUUGAGAAAGUAGUUAAACAACAAGGGUUUGGGAGGAUUAUCAGUGCGCUAUUUGAAAAGGCAAUCAAGGCUGGAAAGCGUGUCAGAGAAGAGACAAACAUCGCGUCUGGGGCUGUUUCCGUUAGCUCUGCUGCCGUCGAACUUGCUCUCACUAAGCUUCCAGGAUCUGUAUCAUCUGCUAUGAUGUUGGUAAUUGGUGCAGGAACGAUGGGGAAGCUUGUAAUCAAGCACCUGGUUGCUAAAGGUUGCACUAAAAUUGUGGUUAUGAACCGAAGCCAAGAAAGAGUUGCAGCUAUCCGUGAGAAGAUGCAGCCUGGCGUUGAGAUUAUUUAUAAACCCCUUGAGGAGAUGCUAGCUUGUGCUGCAGAAGCCAACGUGAUCUUUACUAGCACAGCAUCUGAGACACCAUUGUUCUUGAAGGAGCACGUAGAGAUCCUCCCUCCUUGUCCUGCAGAUGCAGAUGCGAGGCUCUUUAUUGAUAUCUCUGUUCCUAGAAAUGUUGGGUCUUGUGUAGCUGAAUUAGACGGUGCACGGGUUUACAACGUGGAUGACCUCAAGGAAGUUGUUGCUGCCAAUAUGGAGGACAGGGCGAGGAAAGCAAUGGAGGCUCGGGAUAUAAUAACAGAGGAGUCAAUAAAGUUUGAAGGGUGGAGGGAUUCGAUGACGUUUCCAACAAUCAAGAAAUUAAGAAGCAAAACAGAGAGAAUCAGAGCGGCUGCUGUUGAAAGAUUCAUGUCGAAACAUGGCAAAGACAUGGACAAGAAGACGAGGGAAGCAGUAGAGAAUGUAACCCUAGAGAUAGUGAACAGGAUCCUGCACGACCCAAUGAAACAUUUGAGAUGCGAUGGGACUGAUAGCAGGGUGCUGCAUGAGACUCUAGCGAACAUGCAGGCUGUGAACAGAAUACCAAUUCCACUUUCAAUCAACCUGAAUGCUGCUGCGUCUUCUUCUUCUUCAUCAUCCUCUUCCCUGGUCUCGCCAACACGCGAAAUCUCAACUUGCUGCAGAAGAACCAAUGGCCUGAUCAAGAGUCAGUUCUGGGUCAAUCCAUAUCGGAAUUUGAAUACCCAUGUCGAGGAACCUCCAGAGCUUUCGUCAAGUGAUAAGGAAAAGAUCGAUCUCGAAGAAGCGUUUGAGUCGGCGAAUACUACUGAUGAAAUGGUCCGUUUGUUCAAGGAGAUGGAGUUGACUUUCGAAGGGAACGAAUUAGGUUUAUCUGCUUUGAAAUUAGGUCUCCAUCUCGAUCGUGAAGGUGAAGAUCCUGAAAAGGUUCUGUCUUACGCUGAUAAAGCUCUUAAAUCUUUCGAUGGAGAUGGUAAUAAACCUAAUCUUCUCGUUGCCAUGGCGCUGCAAUUGAUGGGUUCUGCUAAUUACGGUUUAAAACGUUUUAGUGAUAGUUUAGGUUACUUGAACAGAGCUAAUCGGAUUCUAGUUAAGUUAGAGGCAGAUGGUGAUUGUGUUGUGGAAGACGUUAGGCCGGUUUUACACGCCGUGCAACUCGAGCUUGCUAAUGUUAAGAAUGCUAUGGGGAGGCGAGAGGAAGCGAUUGAGAAUUUGAAGAAGAGUUUGGAGAUUAAGGAGAUGACUUUUGAUGAAGAUAGUAAAGAGAUGGGUGUGGCGAAUCGGAGUCUUGCUGAUGCUUAUGUUGCGGUUUUGAAUUUUGAUGAGGCUUUGCCUUAUGCGUUGAAGGCUUUAGAGAUACAUAAGAAGGAAUUGGGGAAUAAUUCAGCUGAGGUUGCGCAGGAUCGAAGGCUACUCGGUGUGAUUUAUAGCGGUUUGGAGCAACAUGACAAGGCAUUGGAGCAGAACCGACUGUCUCAGAGAGUGUUGAAGAAUUGGGGCAUGAAAUUGGAGCUUAUUCGUGCGGAGAUCGACGCUGCAAACAUGAAGGUUGCUUUGGGUAAGUACGAGGAAGCGAUUGAUAUAUUGAAGAGCGUUGUUCAACAAACUGAGAAGGACAGUGAGAUGAGAGCUAUGGUAUUUAUAUCAAUGUCGAAAGCUUUGGUAAACCAACAGAAGUUUGCUGAUUCAAAGAGAUGUUUGGAGUUUGCUUGUGAAAUUCUCGAGAAGAAAGAAACAGCUUCGCCUGUAGAAGUCGCUGAAGCAUACUCUGAGGUAGCAAUGCAGUACGAGUCAAUGAACGAAUUUGAAACCGCUAUUUCGUUGUUGCAAAAAACUUUGAGUAUACUAGAGAAGCUUCCUCAAGAACAGCACUCAGAAGGAAGUGUUUCUGCUAGGAUAGGUUGGUUGCUUCUGUUCUCGGGUCGAGUCUCUCAAGCGGUUCCUUACUUGGAAAGUGCAGCCGAGAGGUUAAAAGAAAGUUUUGGUGCCAAACAUUUUGGAGUUGGAUAUGUAUAUAACAAUCUCGGCGCUGCUUAUUUAGAGCUUGGAAGACCUCAAUCCGCUGCUCAAAUGUUUGCAGUUGCUAAAGACAUUAUGGAUGUUUCACUCGGUCCUAACCAUGUGGAUUCAAUCGACGCUUGUCAGAAUCUUUCUAAAGCUUACGCAGGAAUGGGAAAUUAUAGCCUUGCAGUGGAAUUUCAACAGCGAGUAAUCGAAGCUUGGGACAAUCAUGGAGAUAGCGCGAAAGACGAAAUGAAAGAAGCAAAAAGACUUCUUGAGGAUUUGCGAUUGAAGGCUCGAGGAGGCGUAUCAACAAAUAAGCUUCUGAAUAAGGCUUUGCCUUUGCCCAAGACAAGCCAUUGAUAGUGGGCUUUGUGAAGUCUCAGCAUCAAAGAACAAACAAUGAAAAAAAUGGUGAGAUUUAAUUAGCACCUUCUGUUUUUUUUUCAUAUGAUCAUCGUAUACUAAACUUUUGUUUUGCCACUGAAUAAUUAAGUUAUUCUCGAAAUAAUGUGUUUAGCUACUUCGAUCAUUAAAUUAGAUUUUUUUUA